AUGAUGCUCAAUUGUCUUAACGGCUAUCGUCAUUCGUCUUCGUUGCCUGUCAAUACAUUGUAUUUUCGACCUAACCUUCUCAAGUCGAAUGAUAUNUUCUUGCCAUCGCUAAUCUUGCCGAGAAGACAUACAGCUGCAAGGGGUGCACAAACACCACACAAAUAUCUCAAAUACGGCUACCAUAUGCAUGUAAAUUGCUGUUUCAAGAACUGA